AUGUGGCGUGCGAUGCGACGGACGCCGUGCUCGGUGCCACUGAUGACGGUGGCACGGUGGCAGUCGACCAGUGGCAAGGAUGCUGGCGUAGCUGCGGGGCCUGAUGCGAAUGGCAAUGGAGAGGCAAGCAAGGCGAACUCCACCGCCUCGGUCAAGACGCCAGAUGCGGUGAGCGGCAGCAGCACGACACAGGGCUCUGCAAAGUCAGACGCGUACUGCUUCCCUGCGGACGAGGUCUUGGACGCGGUGAAGAAGCGCGACUUUAGUGCAGUGCAGACGCACGCCACGAAGCUCGUGCAGAGUCAGUGGAGGGAGGAGUACAACGUGCCUGCCGCGUGCGUUGUUGUCUUUUUCGUAAUGUGGUAUUGGAUCGCGUGGACGCGCCGCUCCAUCCGCCGCAAGUGCGAGGCGACAGAGGCAUGCGUAAAGCAGCAGACGGAUGAGAUGGUGGAUAUUGUGCGCAACAUGACGGAGAAGUGGAAGUGCGACAUGGCUAAGGCAAACCGGCAGAUGCAAGGAAUCAUCGACAAGAACAGCGAGUUGACGCGCGACAUCGAUCGAAUGACCACCGCCCUGCGCUCCUGCUCUAUCCGACCGACGGCUGCGUCUGCUGCGGCGAUUGCGCCGACAGUGCCAGUAGUGAAGCGUGUUAAUCCGAGUGACAGCGAAGCGACUGCAGAGGCUGCUCAAACUGCUGCCGCCGAGGGCAGCGAGGCACCAGCCGCAGUGGAGGACUACAAGAACUAG